AGCGGUUAAUUGUGAAUGGCUACCACCAUUAAACGUGGCGGUGGCGAGUUUUCUAUCAUAAGUUAGGUUAUAUAUCGUAUGCAUCAAAUCAUACAAUUAUUUAUAAGCUAGUUUUUUAAGGAAAAAACACUUAAAUUUAGUGAAUUUGCAGUGCGAAAUCUUUAAAAAACCACAGACGAACACUUAGCACAAACGAAAGUUACGUGUAAACGUCGUGGCUUUUGUUUAAUUAUUUGAAAUAUAAUAAUAAAGAAAAACAACAAAAAAACAAAAAAAAAACUUUGGCAACUGAAUCCAAUCCCAAAACACGCAACAACAACAGCAGCAACAACCACAACUUGUGUAAAAAUCAAAGUGCAAACAAGAAGCAGAAGUAGCAACAACAACAACAAAAAUAAAAACAGCGACCGAUAAUAAAUUCAGUCCCACAAGUGUAAUAUAAACAGCAGCAAAAUUACGUCAAUUAUUGAAAACCUACCCGGCGCAAUAGCUCACAAUCACCAGAACAACAUCAUGGAAGAGGACGAAAGGGGUAAACUGUUCGUUGGCGGCCUGUCGUGGGAGACAACGCAGGAAAAUCUCUCCCGCUACUUUUGCCGCUUCGGCGACAUCAUAGAUUGUGUCGUCAUGAAGAACAAUGAGAGCGGCAGAUCGCGCGGCUUUGGCUUUGUCACCUUCGCCGAUCCGGCGAACGUCAAUCAUGUGCUCCAAAAUGGACCGCACACGCUCGACGGUCGUACCAUCGAUCCCAAGCCGUGCAAUCCUCGUACGCUGCAGAAGCCGAAAAAGGGCGGCGGUUACAAGGUGUUCCUCGGCGGUCUGCCAUCGAACGUGACGGAGACCGAUCUGCGCACCUUCUUUGGUCGUUACGGCAAGGUGACCGAGGUGGUCAUCAUGUACGACCAGGAGAAGAAGAAAUCACGUGGAUUUGGCUUCUUAUCCUUCGAGGAGGAGUCCUCCGUGGAGCAUGUCACCAACGAGCGUUACAUUAACCUGAAUGGCAAACAGGUGGAAAUUAAGAAGGCGGAGCCACGCGACGGUUCAGGUGGGCAGAACUCUAACAACAGUGCUGUGGGUGGUGCCUAUGGCAAGCUGGGAAAUGAGUGCAGCCACUGGGGACCGCAUCAUGCGCCCAUCAACAUGAUGCAGGGCCAGAACGGCCAGAUGGGAGGUCCCCCGUUGAAUAUGCCAAUUGGUGCGCCCAAUAUGAUGCCCGGCUACCAAGGCUGGGGCACUUCGCCGCAGCAGCAGGGCUAUGGCUAUGGCAACAGCGGCCCGGGCUCGUACCAGGGUUGGGGCGCACCACCUGGCCCCCAGGGACCACCGCCACAAUGGUCGAACUAUGCCGGGCCACAGCAGACCCAGGGCUACGGCGGCUACGACAUGUACAACUCGACGUCGACGGGUGCCCCGUCGGGUCCGUCGGGCGGUGGCAGCUGGAACUCGUGGAACGUGCCACCAAAUUCAGCUGGGCCAACUGGAGCACCGGGUGCUGGCGCUGGCACCGCCACGGAUAUGUAUUCGCGUGCUCAGACCUGGGCAGCGGGCGGUCCAUCGACAACUGGACCCGUUGGCGGCAUGCCGCGCACCGGACCCGGCAACUCGGCCUCCAAAUCGGGCUCCGAGUACGAUUAUGGCGGCUACGGCUCCGGCUACGAUUACGAUUAUAGCAAUUAUGUCAAGCAGGAGGGCGCCUCGAACUAUGGCGCCGGUCCGCGGUCAGCGUACGGCAACGACAGCUCCACACAGCCGCCGUAUGCCGCCUCGCAGGCCGUCUAAGGAGCCAGCCAGCGAAACAGAGAGAUCGAGAGAGCGAGAAGGAGAGAGAGAGAGAGAAGCGCGCGCGUGUUGUCGUCUCUCCUGUCUGUCGUCCUGCGGCCCCCCUCGAACCGAAAGAGGUGAAUGAUGAAGACAAAAAGAUGGUGGUAAUUGUAAGCUAAAGCGUCGUCUGUUCGUUUCAUAAUUUUUAAAUGAUAUUUUUUAAUUGAGAUCAGAUGUUGAAAUUAAUUAAUGUAAACUCUUGUGUACCCACAACAAAAUAAUUUAAAAAAUCAUAAUUUAACACCCACACACACACACUCACACACAUACACAUACUACACACACAUAAAUCACAUGCAAAUCCCCAAAAAGAGAGAGAGACAAGUGCAUAAAUUUGGCGACAAGGCGCAGCAGCUGCCAAGGUGGCUCAUACAGGAAGAGAUGUUAAGAUGUACAUAUAGAAGCUAUAUAUACAGAUCAGAUGUACAGAUCAGAUCCGGCUCGCCUUAGCUACUGUGUAUUUUUGCACGAUUUGUCCGAGAACAGAAAACGGGGAUAAUUAUUAUAUAUAUAUAUAUAGCAUGGACAUUUA